CUCUCUCCACUCCCACUUCCUGAGCCCGGCGCUGGAGCCCUGGAGGCCAGGCCCGGCCGCUCCCGGCCCCCGGGGGGCACGUCGGCCCCAGCCGAGAGGCUUGGGAAGUCGUGGCCAACGCUGCUCAGGACGUCCGGGCUUCCCACCUUCCUCCCAGGCCUCCACCCGAUCUGGUCAGCCGACCCGAAAGGCCGCCAUGCGUCUGCCUGGGGCCUUCUCUCCCUGCGGCCUGGUCUGGGGGCCACUCCUGCUGGGACUCUGCGGGCUCCUGGUGGCAUCUCAGCCCCAGCUGGUGCCCCCAUAUCGCAUUGAAAACCAAACUUGCAGGGACCAGGACAAAGAAUACUACGAGCCCGAACAUCACGUCUGCUGCUCUCGCUGUCCCCCAGGCAAGUUUGUCUCUGCUGUAUGCAGCCACAGCCAAGACACAGCUUGCCAGACUUGCCCCCCGAAUUCCUACAAUGAGCACUGGAACCAUCUCUCCAUCUGCCAUCUGUGCCGCCCCUGUGACUCUGUGCUGGGCUUUGAGGAGGUUUCCCCUUGCACCAGUGAUCGCAAACCCGAGUGCCGCUGUAAGCCCGGGAUGACCUGUGUUUAUUCGGACAACGAGUGUGUGCACUGCGAACUUGUAGUCUGCCUGCCUGGCACGGAAGUUGAGGUCACAGAUGAACUUACAGAUACUGACACCAACUGUGUCCCCUGCAAGCCAGGACACUUCCAGAACACUUCCUCCCCCACAGCCCGCUGCCAACCCCAUACCAGAUGUGAGACCCAGGGCCUGGUGGAGGCAGUUCCAGGCACCUCUGACUCUGACACCGUUUGUAAAAACCCGCCACAGCCAGGAACAAUGCUGCUGCUGGCCGUCCUGCUACCGCUGGUCUUCUUUCUGCUUUUCACCACUAUCCUGGCCUGCACUUGGAUGAGGCACCCCUCUCUCUGCAGAAAGCUGGGUACUCUGCUCAAGAAGCAUCCGGAGGGAGAAGAGUCUCCCCCUUGCCCCCCUCCAAGAACCAACCCACAUUUCCCUGACCUGGCAGAGCCACUUCUACCCAUGUCUGGAGACGUGUCCCCAGCCCCUGCUGGACCCCCGGUGACCCCAGUCUUGGAGGAAGUGGUGCUACAACAGCAGAGUCCCCUGGGCCAGGGCACGGAGCUGGAGGCUGAGCCUGGGGAACAUGGACAGGUGGCCCACGGUGCAAAUGGCAUCCAUGUGAGUGGAGGCUCUGUGACUGUCACUGGCAAUAUCUACAUAUACAACGGGCCAGUGCUGGGGGGUGCACGGGGUCCUGGAGACCCUCCAGUUCCCCCCGAGCCUCCAUACCCGACUCCUGAAGAGGGAGCCCCCGGCCCUUCUGAGCUCUCUACACCCUACCAGGAGGAUGGCAAAGCUUGGCAUCUGGCUGAGACAGAGACACUAGGGUGCCACGCCCUCUGACAGAGCCAAGGAACCUAUUCGCCACCCAUGUCUGAUGGCAUCUGGGAAAGGCAAGGAGGAGAGAGGGUCCAGCACCUUCUUCCUGAGGCUGCUCCCCACCAGAACUCACAGGGUCUGGGCAGGAUCUGAGAAGCAGAGCCCUAAGGGACGGACUGGACUUGGCCUCAGACACCUCUUCAGAGCAGAAUUGGACACUAGCAGGGCGGUGCCCACCCAGGACUCCUACUACUGCCUAAGCAAGCCUGAGGCCUUGUUGCAGACCCACCAGCUCCCAGAGGCCUCCACCCCUUCAGCCUCAGACACAGGCAAGGCUUGUAACCCCACCAAGCCUCUCUGCAUUCUAAACAUGGCAAAGGAGGGAGCUGGGUCCCGGGGCCACUUGCAAGGACAUCACAGGAACCUUGCAAGGCUUCACGGUGCUCAUCCCCAGCCUUCAGAGGCCUUGACAGCCUCAUACCACAUGGACCAAGAUAGACCCUGUGAAGAUGAAACCACACGGGAGGAGUAUCCCUCCCUUGCUCCUGGGGGAGAGGAUAGUGAGACAGUGAGAAUGGGGGUUGGGUAGUGUUACCAGGUAUCGGGGGAGUUUGGGAACAGGAGAAAAAUGGCAAGUGUAUUUAUAAACUGUAACCACAUGCAAAUAAAGACAAGAUUGAGGUCCUUUAUCUUGGGU